AUUUCUCUGCUAUUUCCACCCUUGACCACGAAAGGUGACCGGCUCAUGAGUCACGACUCACGAGAGACUUUUAAGGUGAAAAGUGCUGAAGGAAUCGUUCAAAAUAUCUAAGCCGAUAGCGUGUUUGCUCCUUCGACACUAGCAAUGGCGCCACAGAGCUUCCUCAUCGUGCUUGCUGUCGUCUUGUCGUUCGCCGGUCCCGAGGUAGUAGUUGUGGUCGGACAACCCUACGUCCCUUUAGGGCCCUACUGCUCGACGACGGGCAACUUCACCACCGCCAGCGAUUACCAGGUAAACCUCGGCGACCUCAUGGCCUCCCUCCCUCAGGGAGCCAUCGCGAACCGAGGCUUCGACAACGGCAGCGCCGGCCAGGCGCCAGACGAGGUGUUUGGGCUCAUCAUGUGCUACGCCGACCGGAACUGGACCCAGUGCCAGAACUGCCUCCGGGCCGCGGCCGCCGGCGUCCAGCAGAUCUGUCCUUUCAGCCGGGAGAUGAAGGCCUGCUACGACGCCUGCGUCGUCCAGUACUCCAACGUGUCCUUCUUCUCCGUCGCCGACCUGACCGUGGCGUUCUACGUUUGGACCAACGCCUUCGUCACCGACAUGGCCGCCAUGAACGCUACACGGUGGAGCCUGAUGACCCGGCUCGCGGAGGAGGCCGCCGGCAACGGCAACUCGCUGCGUCUGGCGAACGGGAGCCAAGCGUACACGGACUCGCAGGGCAGCUCGCAGGUGAUGUACGGGCUGGCACAGUGCACGAGGGACCUCAACGGCAGCGAGUGCGCCAGGUGCCUCGCCAAGUUCGUCGCGGAGCUGUCGAGCUCGCGCCCAAACAACACCUACGGCACCGUCAAGGGGUACAGCUGCUACGUGGCGUACAACAUCGGGGAAACCCUCGGCAUCACCAUCCCGCCUGAGACGGCAGCGCCGCCGCGGCCACCGCCGCCGUCGUCGUCGACGACGACGACAGUGCAAGUGCAACCACCGGAUCCAUCGCCUCCCCCAGGCCCGACGACGGUGGCACUGGUGGCCGGCGUGACUGUCGGCUCCGUGGCGUUCGCCGUCUGCUCCGGCGCCAUUGUUUUCUUCCUGCUGCGUCGUCGGCGCCGGAGACGAAAGGCAAGAGAGCGCCAACUAGACGUGUUUGACGACGAGCCUUUGGACGACGAGUCGUUUGAGAAAGGAACAGGACCGAGGCGUUUCCGGUACAGCGAGCUGGCCAUGGCAACCAGCUUCUUCUCCGAAACGGAGAAGCUCGGCGAAGGGGGUUUCGGGUCAGUAUACAAAGGGUACUUAAAAGAAAUGGACCUUCACGUCGCCAUAAAAAGGGUGUCAAAGAGCUCCAAACAGGGUAGGAAGGAGUACAUCUCCGAGGUGAAGAUCAUAAGCCGGCUGAGGCACCGCAACCUCGUGCAGCUCAUCGGCUGGUGCCAUGGCGGCGGCGAGCUCUUGCUUGUCUACGAGCUCAUGCCCAAUGGAAGCCUUGACUCUCAUAUCCACAGCCACAACAAUUUGCUGUCGUGGCAACUCAGGCAUGAGAUCGUGCUUGGAAUCGGUUCUGCACUCCUGUACCUGCAUCAGGAGUGGGAGCAGUGCGUCUUGCACCGUGACAUCAAGCCCAGCAACGUUAUGCUCGACGCCUCCUUCAACGCCAAGCUCGGCGACUUCGGGCUCGCGAGGCUGGUCGACCACGAGCGCCAGUCGCACACGACUGCGCUCGCUGGCACCAUGGGCUACAUGGACCCGGAGUGCAUGUUCAGUGGCAGCGCCAGCACGAGCUCCGACGUCUACAGCUUCGGCGUCGUCGCCCUCGAGGUCGCCACCGGGCGGCGGCCAAUCGUGGCGCUGCAGGACACGGAGGAGGAGUACGCCACCGUGCACCUGGUGCAGUGGGUCUGGGAACGCUACGGCCAGGGAAGGAUCCUCGACGCCGCGGACGCACGGCUGGACGGAGAACGGCUCGACGGCGAGGACGAGGAGAUGGAGCGCGUCAUGGUGACCGCGCUCUGGUGCGCGCACCCUGACCGCGCCCUGAGGCCAUCCAUCAGGCAGGCGGUGAACGUGCUGCGGCUCGAGGCGCCCCUGCCGUGCCUCCCCGCGAACAUGCCGGUCGCGACGUUCUUGCCACCGUUCAGUCGCCUCCAGCUGGCUGAAUCUGGGGCUGUCACCGGUAGUAGUAGUGGCAGCGGUGGCACCACGCGUUCAAGCAUCGCAACGGAGGCUUCCACCUUGCUGAGAUGAAAAAGGAAAAAAGAGAUAUUGUUCUGUUUUUUCAGCUUUGAUACCCUGUCCAAAUAUCAUUUUGAAAUGUCACUAGUCCAAAUUUGCACGAGGCAAAGAAUCCAAAUUGCAUGGUA